CCCCCACUUGUCAGAUUAUAUUUGACAUCAGCCUCUCUCCUCCUCCUCUCUUCUCUUUACCCUCCCUUUCUUUCCUUCGUUAUUCCUUCGUUGCUCCUUAGCUCUUUCACGCGUUCAUCAUCACCAUCCGUCCUUCCCUCCUUCCGUCUUUUCACUGUUCUUUCCUCUGAAAAAAAUACAGCCAGCCAUGACUCGCACCGCCCUCCUCCCUCUCCUCUUCAUCGCUGCCCUCGCCCUGUUCUCUCAGGUCCAUGCUCAGACAAAGCCCGAGUGCUCUCCCCUGCACGAGCUUUACAAGGCAUGGGUUGCUCCCUGCACCCAGAACAACACUGUCAUCCCCAAUGCUGAUUCUGACCCAGCAUGGAAGCCGUGUAUUUGCAAGACAGGUACGUCUUUUGUCUCCAACACUCACCCACAGCAAUAAAAAAUUAUCAAGGACAUGGACGAGAACAGAGCAAUGAGGGUGAGGGCGAGGGUGAGGGCGUUGAGCAAUUCAAUUUUGCCCGGGAUUUAAAAUUAAACACCCAGAACACUGCCACCCGUACCUGGGAAUUCGCAUAUUUUUGUUUCUUCCACUCACCUCGCGCCAUUUUCUUUACGAUAUCAAUAGGCUUCUACCCACUUGCCUCAGCCAGCGAAAACUGCGCCCUGGACGGAACCAGCCAGGGAAAUCGGAUCACGCCUGAGUCUCUCGACGAGCUGUGCAAGGAUGUAAGCGGAUAUGCCACUGCAGCCAAUCAAAAGGAACAGCCUGAACUGUCCCCGGCGCUGGCCACGGUCACCUCGAUCUCAAAGUCCUUGCCAACUGCCACGACCACUGGCGCUGUUAGCAGUCCUACUGCUACUCAAAGCGGCGCAGAGGCAGCAAAGGCAUUCGGCCUGGGACGCGUGGUAGUCUCUUUGGUUGCGAUGGUGCUGGCCACGGCUGCGGCUCUUUAAAGGAACAAGGCAAGAACGUGCUUUUUGCCCCCAUUGCAAAAAGAAAAAAAAAUAUUAUCCCUAAUAAUAAAACAGCUAAUUUGCAACA